AACAUCAACAAUAACACCAUAACCAACAGCAACAUCAACAAUAACACCACCACCACCAACCACAACAUCAACAAUAACUCUAAAUCAACAACAAAAUGGCCAACAAGGAAUCAGCAGAUCAUGGUUCCUCCUAUCACGUACCUGAUUCCGAGGAUACUAAAGAAAAAAACCAUGAUGUGAUGGCAUCUCUACAACGUUUACAUUUCAAGAUGGAUCAACAAGAACAGAGACUGAAGCAUAUGGAGAAAGUACUAUCCGAAAAACCCAAGGAAUCUGUCGUUGAAAUUCCCCCUGACAUGUACGAGCACGAUUUCAAAGUCAUCCGAAGCAACGUUUUUUUAAGUCGUCAUGCAACUACGUGGAGUAAGGUCUGGAAAGUUGGCCAAGGCCGUCCUCAAUUUGAGGCUGGCGUGCGGUUCUACAACAGCAUUCUUUGGCCCCAUAUUGCCGUGUGUCUCAAGUACUCCCGAAGCGAAGGCAUCUCUGUAACGGAGGACCAGUCAAAGGCUUCCGUCAAGGUGAAGGUCACAGCGGUGUCGAGCAGAGGAAAAGGGUGGAACAUGACAUGGUCAAAGGAUGUGCCGAAGCCGGGGUAUUUUUCUCAACUGAUGUGGGUAACAGACUAUCUCCCACUCGAAAAAAUGGAGAAGAAUGGACUUAUCGAGAACGAAACACUCCAUCUUCAUUUCGAAUUUUGGGUCUAUUGAAUGGCUGGCAGAGACACUUGCAAAUCAUAAUAGGGUUUAAACUCCUUAAUCCUUUCAGUGCUGGGGUGCUUCCGUAUUACAUUAUUAUUACAUGUGUUCAGACAAGACAAAAUGACAAUUCCAAAGAGAUUUAAAGAUAGCUGCAAUAAUAUGUUUCCCUUGAUUAGGAAUUGAAAAAAAUAAACUGCACAAGUUUCAAAUCCGCCUUCUAAACUAUCCUCAAUAAACCAGUAGAAUAUGGCAGGGAAUCAA